AUGGAAAAGGUAGUUUUUAUCAGCGGAGCUUCCUCCGGUAUUGGUUAUGCAGUUUGCCAAGAAUUUGCCAAGAGCAACUACAAGAUAUAUGCUGGAUCCCGCAAUAUCGAAAGUCUCACACAUCUUUCAGAGCAAUUUCCUAAUGUAUAUCCAGUAGAAUUAGAUGUUACUUCUACGGAUAGCAUCUUACGUGCAAAGAAGGUAGUAGAACUCGAUAAUGAUAAAUUGGACAUAUUAUUCAACAAUGCAGGCACACCUUGCGUAGUCCCAGCGUUAGAAGUUGACGAGAAAACCCUUAGACUGGCAUUCGAAGUGAAUGUCUUUGGUGCCAUUAACUUAGUGAGAGAGUUUUCUCACUUGGUGAUAAAAGCAAAGGGUGUAUUUGCUUUCACAACACUGAGUGGUACUUUAAUGCCAUAUCCCUUCAGUAGCAUCAAUAACGCAAGUAAAUCUGCACUCAGCUCGUAUGCAAGUACCUUGGCACUUGAAGUAAAGCCGUUCGAUGUCAAAGUUGUGAAUUUUAUUACCGGAGGAGUAAAGACUGAGAAUCUUGAAAAAUCCAGAAGACAACUGCAGAAUCUAAAAAAGGGCUUAUACGUUGUGGAUGGGAAAGAUAUUGUAAGCGAAUCAAUGAACAGUAUUGAUAACUCUUCUUUCAUGACUGCAGAGACCUACGCUAGAGAAGCAGUGAAAGACAUAAAUCAUGCCUUACACGGACUGGACUACAAGCACGAAGGAAAUUACUUUCCACGGUACAGGGGACAUAUGGCUAGGUUUACUAAGGCUGCAAAUUUUUAUUUCCAUAGACAAAUCAUUGAAGGAAUGCUAUUGGCUGGUUUCAAUUUGAAAGAAAGCUUUAGCAAACUCAAAAAGCAAAGGAAUGAAAAACCGAAUGACGUAAGCCUAUCAUAA